AUUGCAAUGAAAGAGGGGAAAAGAGUUAUUGCCCAUUGCACACAACCCAUCGGCGACAUGGCUGGAACGUGGGCUAAUGAAACAGAAGAUAAUUAUGGGUAUUAUCAAUAUGGGGACUACGACAUGUCUCAUACAGGCGAUCCUCGCCAGGAUAUGGAAUAUGAACGGCACUAUGCUUCACAAAGCUACAUCGUGCCAGAGGUCAUAAAGAAUUUCCUCCUGCAUUUUCAACAAGUCAUCAAGGAACAGAACUUGGUGGAAAUCCAGAACAAUUAUGAGAAUGGGUUCAAUAAGCUGACCGACAGAUUUUUCAAAACCAGUGCAUGGCCAUCAGCAAAGGUCAUUGCUCCUAUUGUAGGCAAUGAGGAGAGGUUCUUGAUCUUGUACAAUGAGCUCUUCUUUCGCCAUGUGUACGCAAGAGUGUCCUCGGGACCAUCCUUGGAUCAGCGCUUUGACUCAUACUACAAUUACUGCAGUCUGUUCAACUACAUUUUGAAUGCCGAGGGGCCUGUUCCUCUUGAGUUGCCUGAUCAGUGGCUGUGGGACAUCAUUGACGAGUUUAUCUAUCAGUUUCAAGCAUUCAGCAUCUUCAGGCACAAGUCAAGUAAUAAGAAAACUGAAGAUGACAUUGAACUUCUGAGGACAAACCCCAAGAUCUGGAAUGUGCACAGUGUGCUGAACGUGCUUCACUCCCUGGUGGAGAAGUCCAACAUCAACAAGCAGCUGGAGGUCUACACUAGUGGGGGUGAUCCCGACAGUGUUGCCGGAGAGUUUGGUCAGCACUCGCUGUACAAGAUGCUGGGCUACUUCAGUCUGGUUGGACUCCUGAGACUGCACUCUCUUCUGGGUGACUACUACCAGGCCCUCAAAGUGCUAGAAAACAUUGACUUCAACAAGAAGAGCCUGUACUCGCGUGUGCCAGCCUGCCAGAUCACCACCUUCUACUAUGUGGGCUUUGCCUACAUGAUGAUGCGGCGGUACCAGGACGCCAUCCGCACUCUCUCCAACAUACUUCUGUACAUACAGAGAACGAAGACUAUGUUCCAAAACAGGACUCAGCUCUACGAUCAGAUUUCAAAGAUGAAUGACAAAAUGUACACCUUGCUGUCCAUUUGCCUGGUGCUGCACCCUAUGAGGAUUGACGAGAGCGUGCACUCACAUCUCAGGGAAAAGUAUCAGGAGAAAAUGAACAGGAUGCAGAAAGGUGAGAUGGCAGAGUUCGAAGCCUGUUUUGCCUUUGCAUGCCCCAAGUUUUUGUCUCCUGUUCCGCCAAACUAUGACUUGAUGGGAGCCAAUGCCCCGCAGCACAAGGAGCCUUUCCAGCUGCAGCUGUUGGUCUUCAAGGAAGAAGUUGAACAGCAGAUUCAGGUUCCAACCAUUCGCAGUUACCUCAAGCUGUACACCACACUGCCCAUUGCAAAACUUGCUGCAUUCAUGGAUAUGUCUGAUGACGAGCUCUGCACUCACUUGAUGUGCUUCAAGCACAAGAUGAAGAAUCUUGUCUGGAUAAAGGGAACCAGUGGCUUGGAGGGAGAGUUUCAGUCAGCGUCUGAAGUAGAUUUCUACAUUGACAAGGACAUGAUUCAUAUAGCUGACACCAAGGUGGCAAGACGCUACGGAGACUUUUUCAUUAGACAGUUCCACAAGUUUGAUGAGAUCAUGCGAUCCUUGAAAGCUACAUGAAAAGCUACAGUCAUUAUUGAAUGUAAAAGUUUUGUGCUCUGAUGACUAGGACACAAGGAUUGAUUAUAUUUAUUAGACCAUGUACAAUGUCCGCAUUGUAUGUUUUCCUCUGGACAAUUUUUGAAAUUUUAUUUUGCUUCUUCAACUUGUUCAUAGAUUCUAAUUUCCAGAACAAAAAAUCAGCACGCAUUCGUUCUCUGACCGCUGUGCAAUUUGGGUUUUUUUUUUUUAAUGGACUGGCGAUUUUGAUCUUAUGUAAAAAAAAAAAAAAAAAAAAGUAGCUGGAAUGUCGUUACUUUGCUUUUUAUUCGUCUUUGGGUUGGGGAGGCAGUUUUAUGCUGUCUUUUAUUUCUGUCGAUAAAAUGGUCUUUACAGUCCUCUUUUCAGUAAUUGUAUAUUGUUAUUAUAGUAUUUAAAUUUAAAAGUAUUUUGUGUUUUUUGUUAUGUACACAGGAAUAGUGGAAAGCAGUGGCGUGUUAAGGCAAUAAUCUCUUUAACAACCUUCUUUGGCAGUUGAAAGAUUUUUUGAACAAGUUUUCCUAGUAAAAACGGUUUAUGGUUUUCAGUAGGCUGUUUUUCAAAUAAAUGACUCUGCUGUAAUAAAUAAUGCUUACCUUCAGUUUUUAGAUGACAUUGAAUGUAUGUUUGAAUAAAGAUUGUGAAAUCAAAACACUGCAGAGCACAGAAUACUUGCACUUGAACAAAAAUAGGCCUACUGGCUUGACCACAGGUCAAAGUUCCUGGACAUACUCUCUGGUCUGAGAAAAGCUAACCGUGAGCUUUUUUCUUAGAGCAUGAAAAAUCUGUUAAAUUUCCUUGAUAUGUGUAUAUAUAUAUAUAUAUAUAUAUAUUUCUGCAUGAAAAGAAAUAAUACAUGCGAGCGAACUCGAAUCAUUUCAAUUGCAAACAGUGUAGUGUUCAUCUAGCUAUGUUUUUCUUAUUCGAUAGUUCUGCUCAUAUAUGUCAAAUUUUGGUAGUCAACAAACCAAAUUGUUGUCUGGCUAUUCUCACCAGUUCAAGUUUUCUGUGCUCUCCUUCGUCAGUAUGAAAUUGUGAAAUAAAGGGAUUGUAAUUGAA